AUGCUCAGAUCAGCAGGCAUGCGACCACAGCGGAUAGCUAGGCGCACUUCCACUCGUCUUUGCGUGGUCCCUGUUGACAUUGGGAUCGGUUAUUUACAUGGCCCACUUGUGCCACCUUCAAACAGGAUAGCGACUCCCCUUUGUAGAUUUCAACAGUACACCACCAAAAGCACCUUUCCAAGAACAACAGGACCGGCAUCGCAGUCGGCAAAACAGCCGUGGAUCCGACCGAGAAAGCCAGUCAAGAACAACACACCCAACGACGACAUAUUUCCAGCAGAUUUCGAAUCUCAGCUUCGCUCUCUUAACUUGCCCGCCUCGAUCCCUUAUCUCGAUUCCCCAGAAACUCAAUCGCCAUAUACAUACCAUGAAGAAGCUACCAUAACAAUAUUUGCCACAAGCGACAGCGGCCAUGGAUUUGGAGUUGGUAAGGACAACUGGCUUAUUGCGGUACCGUCAGUAUUGGAAGGGGAGGAGGUCGUUGUAAAGAUUUAUCGUGACGGGUUGGGCUUCUCACUUGGAGAACUUGUGAGCGUUCAAAAAGCCAGUGAGUUGAGGACAGAUGCACAGUGUAAAUACUUUGGAAAAUGUGGAGGGUGUGGGCUUCAGCACGUGCAAUAUGAAGAACAGCUGCGAAGGAAACGGCGGACAGUCCUGAGGGCUUUUGCAAAGUUCGCCACAGAGCUGGGCAUACCAGAAACUCAAGACAACGGUCUUGUGUCCUCCGUGAUACCGUCACCUCUUCAGUACAACUAUCGCACGAAGAUGUCUCCCCACUACGAUCGGCGAAGACCCAACGUGCCGCUUGAUGGCAUUGGGUUCAACGAGCGGGGCCGAAAGUCAAUUCUUGAUGUUGAGUAUUGCGCGAUAGCGACAAAGGAGAUAAAUCAGCAAUACUCGAGGGCUAGAGCGGCUUUAAUAGGACAAGUGUCACCGACAGCCGUCAAUGGUGCAACCCUCCUUUUCAGGCAUACCUUGAUACCCCCAAGCAAUUUGAAUGUGAAAGAGCUGCGGAAGGGCCUUGUUGAUAAGUGCCAUGCUAGCAAUGAGACAUUGAAAGACGGCGUAUCUGCAGAAUGGCCUCCAAAAACGUUCAAGUCGGCAGCCGUUGUAGCUCAUCGAGCGCCCGUUCUUGAUGUCGUAAACGGUUAUAUCUUCCAGUAUCCCGCCAACACCUUUUUCCAAACCAACUCUUCAAUCCUUCCACAUCUUACCGACUACAUUCGCUCCCAGCUUCGCCAGCACAGACAUCAUCCGAGCUAUCCUCCGCUAUCUACCCUUGUUGACGCUUACUGCGGAUCUGGUCUUUUUAGUAUAACCGCUCACAACGACUUUAGUCGAACGAUCGGUAUAGAAAUCGAAAAAACGUCUCUUCAUUACGCCACUCGCAAUGCAAAAGUAAACGAAGCCCGCAAUUGCUUCUUCUACGAAGGCGACGUGAAAGCCAUUUUCGAUAGCCUUCCUGCGUCACUAAAGUUGGAUCCAAAUGCGACGGCAGUUAUAAUUGAUCCUCCUAGUAAAGGUUGUGGACACGAUUUUUUGAAUCAGCUGUUACGUUUCGGGCCCAGGGUGGUCAUAUAUGUCAGUUGUAAUGUAAAAUCUCAAGUCGAAGAUUUGAGAUACUUGAUGCGAGGGGCCAGAGCCGGCGUUAUCCCACCAGCUACUACCGGGAAAGAUAUCGACAACUCCCAAAAACAUUCGGAAACAGGAGCUAACAAAACCCUAUAUCGCAGCAGAUGGUGGUGCAAAGAUGAGCCCUGGACCAUUACGGGCGCCGGUAAAGCUAUCGCAUAG